AAAAACGAUCAGUCCGACGAAACGAGGACGGCCGUCGAUAGAGGAAAAUUCAGUUUUUUUCCAGACAGCAACGCCAUUAAGGCGUCUUGCUUGAAACCGUAGUGCACAUUUUGAAAUAUUAUUUUCCUGCAUAUCUAUUUUCCUGUUUGUGUUAAUGAUUUCUACCAUCAGUGAUUUUCUGAACAAAAAUCCCGUCAUAGUGAAGAACGUUAACCGCCAACGGACCGAAACUAUAGGAAUCAGUUUUGUUCUGAAAAUAGCAGCGUGGCACAGGGUUUACGUGGCCAUUAUCGAUCGGUUAGAUGACGAGGCAGAAGAAAAUUGUGAUGUUUUGAGCAGUGGGUAGACUCCCUAUAUUACUAAGGAAAUGGUGCUGUUGAAAUUCAAGAAGAAAAUGAUGACUAUUUUGGUUUAUUUCAAUUGUGAGUUAAUAUAUUUUACGAAGAAUAUCAAUAAACAUUAAAGUGACAAGUGCGUUUCCCUACUGCGAGGAUACCCCAGAUUGCAGUUGCCGUGAAAAACUGUACUCUUUCUUCGUUGACCAAAAAGUGAAGAUACAACAGUGCGCGUGAUCAAGCCACUGCAAGAGCGUGGCAAAGGAGCACAGUCUAAUCAUCUGAUCACGACCGUAGGCUUACCGCAGCAUCCUGUUCAGCGCUAGUAGCAGUAGUAGUGGUGGUGAUCGGCAAGAGUGUCGAGUGCAGAUUUGCUUCCACCAGCACUCGGACAUUGGCUAGCUGGUGGAAGCGCUGAGGUGUGAGGUGCUGAAGUGUGAGAAGCGAGACGUGUGUAAACGUUUUAUUGUUCAACAAAGCCGAGCUCUAUAUAAGUUGUAGAGGCUUCGAGUGUAGCCCCAAGUUGGACAGAGCAGUCGCGCUCGAGCGAUUGGAGUGAUCGAAUCGUGGUUUUUGGUGUGAAUUCCCAGGCUAGCAGGACUAGAAGAAAAGUUAGCUUGUUUUUUGAGCCUACACACGUUGAAAUCAGUUGUGUAGAUGGACUAUAAACAGUUUUCGAACAGUGCUAAUCAAAUUUAAUUAGUUUUCGAUUUUUUUUCGCAUUGGUUCAACAAUCAAGUUUAAGUGAAUCAUUAUUGGGACGAUCGAACGGAAUAUAACUCUGCAGAAAAAGGAGCACAACCAAGUUUUUUCUCAUUGGGGCUUAGGCCAUUGUAUGGAGCGUGAAAAAUCAACAACAAUAAAAGGGGACGAACCGGGCCUGACUGGUAAAGUACAGGGCCGGAGCGAUCUUUACGGAGCAAGCGCUAUUUCUUUUACUAGCGUCGAACGUCAGGAUGGCGCCUAUGUACCAACCGUUGGCCGCUGGGGCAACGAAUGGCCAAGUUGACUCGCCGUUGUGCGCAGUGAACUACCCCUGGUCCAGCCACUGGGCCACGGCUUCGGCCAAUCCACCAGACGAUUGACCGAACCGGAAAGUCACAAACACAAUGUGACGGAUACGAAACUGGGCGCUGUCGUUGGUGGCGGUGCUGGCCUCGGAUGGAUCCUCGACGAGGACAGCUACAAUCUGGCCAAGUUUGAUCAAACCAAUGGAGCGUGGCCGAUUGAUUCGCCGUUACCGCUACCAAAGUGGUCGACCAAACCGGCCGAACCGUACAUUGUCGACAAGGUGUGGCAGUAUGAAGAUUUGAUAGGUCUGAUUGAAACGAAACUACAGCGGAUGUUGGAGGAAACUCAUUACAAUACAGCGAACAACUUUGUGGAUUUUCACAAGGCAUACCGCGGCACUCACAGUGCCAGCCAGGAUCUUAGAACACAUUUCCAAAACUAUACGAUACCGAUCAACCGUCGGCAUCACAUGUGCGUCAGCUUAGGAAUGGAAAUUGUGUCGAGAUUAGCCGAACAUCAUCCAGCGAUUGCCAAACACUGUUAUCUGGUCUCGUGCGAGGAAGCAGUAGAGGAGUCCGAAUCCUAUAUCGCUCACUGCGAGGAGAAAAAUAUCGAGUACGCCGGACCAAGUUUGGAAAAGGAGCACGCCCUGGUGGCCAUGCGAAUCGUGGUCGGAGGGCGUGAAGGUGUGCUAAUUCUCGAUCCUGGCUAUCAUGUGGCACGCGCUGUAACCGUAAUGAAAGAUCAAUGUUAUCCGCAUACCGGCUGGUUUACGCAAUCAGAUGAAGCACAGAGCAAACGGGAGUACUGCUACGUAUUCAGCGAUCACUGCACCAACUACAUCACCUGGACGGAACGCAUGACACGCGCCGGAAAACAGCAAUACGAGAUGUCAGUAAUUUACAUGGAACGACCCUACCGAACCGCUAUCGAUGUGACAGUCCGCCGGAACCUGGUCUACAACUUCCGCUCACUGCUGUCCCGCGAUGCUAAAGGGCGGGUCUGUGCCGGAGUAUAUUUCCCAGUCGUUCCAAAUCCAGGUGAUGCGCAGUUUACACUGUUCUACGAUAGUGUCAACGACACACAAGUGAAGCAAAAAUUCAAGUUCUGCUUGUUUAAAGAUCCCAAUAAGAUCCCUGAGAACAUAAAGGCUCAUCUGGAAAAUCUAGCACCCCAACUGCGUAUGGAGCUGUUCGAGCUGACUGCACUAAUGAUCGAUUUGGCGAACGCCGUGCAGGACGUGGACUUUGUGAAGCAAGUGCUCGAGAUUAACAACAGUAUCAAUGAAAUGUCAGCCGAUAAUUAAAAACGCUAAAUCUAUUUGCUUCAUCGCUUCAUACCACCAAAAGUAAAAUUGGUGCAGCACUGGCAAUCAUACGCAAACUAGUGUUUACCAUCCAUUUACGUUCACCUCAUCGCGUAGAAGCGAUUGGUUAUCCAAUCAUUUUUCACAACAAAAAAAACGUAUCUAAUCGUAUCAUAUAAAUGAAAAUUACUACAAUUUAUUGAUAUACCUAUAAAAAAAAAACACUAGACACCGCAGAACCGUUUAACUACUAGAUUUUUCCACAACAGAACUUGACUUUAAUGAAACUUGACAUAGCGAUAGCCGCAAAUUAUUUUCUCGGGACAAAUGGGCGCAUAGCUGUAGAAUCACAGUUCACUUGUAGACGGUGUGUAGAGGCCGCUGAAAAAACGUGCAGUCACGAGUGGGGCCCGUGUGGUUUCUUCUUUCUUAAAUAUCGACAUACAUUACAUACCGUUAUAAUACGCUAAGUUAAACUUUUUCGUGGGUUGGAUCAGUAGAGGGCAAAUCAUGUAAUCUGUAUACUUUUCACAUAAACGUAUCUAUUUGGAACUGCUUAACCAA